GGGAGCCGCGGGAGGUGGCUCCGGGAUCGGGUCCGGGGUCCCCUCGCAGAUGGAGAAUGGACAGAAGGGCAAAGAGACAGUCUACGGCCGAGCACCGAAUUUCCGAACGCGGCCCCUCGCCGAGCCCCGCGCAGCCCCUCAGAGCCGGGGGCCGGCGGCGGGGAGCUCGGGGGAGGCGGCGGCGGCGUUGGGGCGGGCAGACGGCGGGCCCGGGGCGGGGCGUGGGGCCGGUGGCGCCGGGAGGCGGCUCAGUCCCCGCUGAGAGCCGAGGGCUGCGGGCCCCCGCCGAGCAGAGUCGCGCCGCGCCCUACAGCCGCUGCCGCCGCCGCCGUAGGGCGGGCACCGGGGAGCGCCGCGCCGCGCCCCGGCCGGCCGGCAGCAUGAGCGGCGGGCGGAGCGGGAGAGCCGCCGUGAAGAUGGAGGCGCCGUUCUAUCCCGAGGAAGGUCUGGAGCUGCUACCCGACUUCGUGCCGCUGCCGGGUUUCGCCGCCGCCGCAGGGCCCGGCGCCGAGGCGGCGGCGGCGGCGGGCCCGAAGCUGCUGCUGGGCGCCGGGAAGAAGCGCGACCUACCGCCCGCCGCCCCCUCGCCGCUGCCCGGGCCCUUCGCCCUGCGCCCGCCCGGCAGCGCCCGCGGCAGCGCGGCCGCCCUGCGCCUGCUGCCGCCCUCCGCCGCCCCGCCGCCGCCGCCCCCGGGCUCGGCGCAGGGCUCGGCGGCGGGGGCCGGCGCCGGGGCGGCGGCGAACCGCGGCGGUCCGGAGGCCGCGCUGGGCUCGGCGGCGGAGCUGCCGUUGCUGAAGCUGCCGCCGGCCGCCGACCUGGAGCAGCUGCUCAUCCAGGGCGGCGCGGGGCUGGGGCCCGGCAGCCCGGGGCCGGCGGCGGCCGGGGGGGCCGGCGGGCCGGCGGCGGCGGGAACGUUCCUCUACCGACAGCCGGUGACGCAGGAGCAGGAGGGCUUUGCCGACGGCUUCGUCAAGGCCCUGGCCGACCUGCACAAGCAGAACCAGCUGCUGACCGCGCCGCCUCUCUCCCCGCCGGGGCCCUGCUGCCCGGCCCGCCCCGGGGCCGCCGCCGAGCCGCCCGCCGUCUACACCAACCUGAGCGGCUUCAGCCCCGCGGGGCCGCUCAGCCCCUCGGGCAGCGCCUAUCCCGCCGCCCCCGCGCCGCCGCCGCCCCCCCCUCCGCCGCCGCCGCCGCCGCCGGGGCUGCCGUUCGGGCCGGCGGGGCUGGGCGCGGGGCGGCUGCCGGCGCCGCGGGCCCUGGAGGAGCCGCAGACUGUGCCCGACGUGCCGCCCGCCGCGAGCGGGGAGGGAGGAGGCAGCGCCCCGACGCCGCCGUCGUUGUCGCCGCUGGACGCGGAGAGCCAGGAGCGCCUGAAGGCGGAGCGCAAGCGGCUUCGGAACCGCAUCGCGGCCUCCAAGUGCCGCCGGAGGAAGCUGGAGCGCAUCGCCCGGCUGGAGGAGAAGGUGAAGGCGCUGAAGGGGCAGAACGCCGAGUUGGCCGCCACCGCCAACCUGCUGCGCGCACAGGUCACUCAGCUGCAGGGCCGCGUCCGUAGCCACCUCUCCUCCGGCUGCCACAUCAACGCCGCCGCUCCCUCCGGGCCGCCGCCCCGCGAGCCGCCCCCGGAGGCCGCCGCCACCGCGCCCGAGGCCGGCGCCUGCUGAGGAGCGGCCGGGGAAGCGGAGAGAGGGAGCGGGGCCGCCGCGCCGCGCCUGUUGAUUUCCGCGGCCGCUGUGUGAGCCGGGGCUGUGCGCCGGGCGGAGUGCGCGAGGCCUGUGGAGGUGUCGGAGGUUAAGAGCUUUAAUUUGCCAUUGAGAGCUCAGUCGUCCAGGUGGGUGCUCAGGCACUGAGACUGAACCCGAAGGAGGGCGGUGUUAAGUCCGGGGCAGGACAGGACAGGACGCGUUGCCGGCUCAGCCGUAGGAAAGGACGUUUCUCAGCUGUUAGCUCUGUUAUUUCUUGUGCCAGUGCGAAUCUGGGGCAUUGAUAGUUAUUUAUUGAAACUUGAACACUUUUGGAUGUUGCCUAGACCUUAUUUUUAUAGAUAACGCGUUAGUAGUGAUAGCAGUUCCUUGGCAAGAAGAGCUUUACUCCUUUUCUUUCACUGUGUACAUUCCAGUAGUGUUUGCUCUUUACUUAGUAUAGUAACAAUUAAGUGCUAUACAGAAAAGGGCUCAGAUCUGGGGCGGACUCGCUAUAAAGUGGCAACUCUAUUGUAUGCUGUUUGAAUAAAUCGCAGAACUACUACGGAGACGUAGAUUUAUUUUUCAGUAGAGAUCUAUAUACAUUUCCUCUUGGUCUACUUUGCUCUGAAGAACCUUUCUGCAAUACUCCGGAGACGGAAAGAGUCAGUGCUGGAACGUGGAACACGCUUCUGGUUGGGAAGAACUGAGGCAGUUUAUUUAUUUGUCAAGAUUUCACUAGCCGAAGGGAACAGCACAGGGACUUUUUCCUCUGAUUGCUUCGACAUAAUCCUCAGUAAGUUUUGGAAAGCUGUAGAUCCCCUGCUCGGCGCUUCUGCCUGCCUCGCUUCCGUGCACCCGUGUGCUUUGAGCAUCCCCGCGCAGCCCUGGAGCCGCCUGUUGGAGCGUGGAGGCCGCCAGUAAGAGCAGAGCUCCUGAGCCGGUCCCACUGUGGAGCAGAGCCCACACCUCUCCAGCACCGCGCUGCUGGGGCUCGGACAUGGAGCUCGACAAGGGCAUCCUGCGGUGGGGACCAUGGGCAUCCCACGGUGCAGCCGUCUUUCUGGUCUGCUCAGCCUCACCAGCGGCUGCUGAACACCUGCGUUACCUCUCCUGGAAAAAGCUUUGAAAUUCAAGAAGAGGGCCUGGGAUGGACUCGUGUUUCUUUUGCUCUUAGUGCUCUUAGUGCCGUUUGUUCCCAAAGUUCAGCACGUUGUUUGGGGCACGGUCACAGCAUUGGCGCAAGGUGGUGUGACAGUGCACUGGGAUUGGGGUGUUGCAAGCCAGGAUGCUCUGAGGGUAUUUCUUUUCUUAAUGCAUAUGCAAAUUAGGUAGAAGCCAUAUCAAUCAUUUUGUAACUGUUUAAUCACGUCAUCAGAGCCCGUUCUGGGGUUUUAAGUGCUUGAGUGUAAUGGUACCUUUUGCUGGUUUUAGGGUAGCUUUAGGAAUACCAGUGAGCAGAUUCUCUAACAAAACAGUUCUCAUCUUUACGUGGGUUUGAAGACUUCCUUACAGGCGUUCUGAGCUGGGUAGCUACAGUUUGUAGCAGCACCUGCUGCGUGAUAACAAGGCAAAAGGCAGUUUUCACUAUGUGGCAGGCAUCACCCAUCUGCAAAGUUGCUGCAAGACUGAGAAGUUGAUAGAGGCUGUUUUUUCCCCACCCUUCUGUGCUUUCCCUAGUGGGAGAGGUCAUGCCCUGGGGAAAUCCACUGACGUGAGGUGCUCGCCUUCACUACACGUGUAGCAAGUGUACUUCUUGUUAAAGAACCUUGGAAAAAUGCAUAGAAGUUAUGUGUGUGGGCAGCACUGUUUCAGUUCUUAGAUUAGCAGAUGAGCAUGGGGCUGGGUGAAGACCUGGUGGCAGGGCAGAGGAAGGCUGUGCAGUGCUCAGUGCCUGCUCCUCGCCCUUUGGUAGUGCUCCAGCCAGAACAUACUGGCAAUGCUCAGGAAGCGGGUGCAUCCUCAGACACAGGCAACCCCUGCUAUCCCUACUGAUUGUAACCAGCCAGUCCUUUUUGGUAUGUUGGUUUUAAGGCUAACAAACACCCUGUUUUAUCCCUUUACCCUUCCAGCUUUCAGCACAAUGUUGGCCUCUCGAGAGCUCAUAGACACCCUCCCUUAGCAGCCUGCCCUAUGCUCUGGCUGCCAUGUGAGGCUGGGUUUUGUUGAUGUUGCAAGAGGCUGCUGCUCCGCAGCAGUAUGUGAAUGGGUGAGCUAAGCGCUUCGUGGUCUGAAGCACAUGGCAAGGCUUGGACAUGCUGCUUGGUUUGCUUCAGGUCUUUGCUUCUUCCAUUGCUGUCUUCUAAAGUGGAUCAGUAUUCCUUUUUCCCUUUAGCAUCCCUAUAUCUUUAAUUAUGGAUUCUGUAGUUUAUUCUUACUGUUAGUAAGUCAAUUCAUUGCAGUGUUUUUCCUCUCUGUAUCAGUUAUGUUUUGAUUUUGACUUUUUGCAUGAAUGUUGGUCACUGUGAGAUGCUCAAAGAGUGAUACCAGGUCCACUUACACAACUUUGAUCCGUGUAGUUCAUUUUCAGUAACUGCAAGUACAUAGGGUGCUUAAGUGUCACUGUAAAAAACAAUUCACUUCAAGUUCCCCGGAGCCUCAGUGCUUUUCUCUCCAUGCUUCAAAGCUGUGCCAUGUUUUGUUGUACUUAUGUGCGCUGUUGCCGGUCUCUCCAAAGAUUGCCAUUGCGCUCUCAAGUCCUUCUGCCUUGGUUUCACAUUCCAGAUGCAAACCCACGACAAAUGGACAUUGCUUGUUUCUUUGCCCCAGGUGUAGCCUCUGCUCUGGAAGUGGUGCAGUCCCUUCCCUCGUCUGUUCUGGUUGCUGGAAGUUUGGUGCUGUGAGAGCAGCUGUCUCCCAGCAGAUUUGGAAGGCACUUGAGCUGAUGUCUUGAUCUAGAUGUGUCUUCCUACCUAAGUGCUGCAGCGAAGCAGCUUGACUCGUAAAUGACAUUUGUUUCUUUGAGUCACUGUCUGAUCUUUCCUGUCUUGAGUGGGAGGAGGAGGGUAUCUGUGGUUAAGGAGGUUUCGUUCACCUUUCCUUGGGCACAGAGAGGGGGAAGCCACACCAGCACCUCCCCCCUCUCUGCCACUAGUCCAGGUGAUGCCAUGACAAGAAAUGGGUGUGCUCCUCGGCGCCUCAGGCAGUGACAUCUCAGUGUCUCUGGCUGUCCAGGCAGUCGGUGUGGUUGGGAAGUGGUUCUUGCAGCUUCCAGAAUGGCUCAGGGCAGCCCACUUGGCCUGCCUGAGGAGCAGAUUCCCAGACACAAAUGCUCUUUGCCCUCUGAGGACUGUAGUUCUGUAGUAGUGGUGCAUCUCCAUUAGUGAAAGGGCUGAUUCUGGUGGUUGGUUUCUUGUGAACAGCAGUGGGUAGUGUUGCAAGAGAUCAGUACCUCAGGGGAUUUGGACUCUCGGCUGCGUAUCAUAAAUCACUGCUGAAUAUUGUGCACUCUUGAAAAAAACAAAGAGUAGCCAUCUAAGCCUUUUCCAUCACCUUGGAUUUGUAUUUAUGUCAUUACUGGCACAGGAAUCAUGAGCAGCUCUGUUAUUUUCUUUUAGUUACUUCGCUGAAUGUGUCCAUCUCACUUCUGAGAAGGCAGCGGUCUCCCCAGGUCAAGCCCCUGGGCAUUCUGCAGGAUGCAGCUGUUAAAGGUGGAAAUGUUAUCUGGCAACUAAUUUCUAAUCAGUUAUUGUAUAGUAUUGUUCAGUACUGUUUGAAGUGCGGAGGCGUAGUAUAUUUGAAUUGCUUGUUAUGCUGAAAAUAGGGACUUGGCUGCUACGAUGUGAAUCUUAACUAUUUGAGUCCAGGCAGCUUCUUGGAGAAACUUUCCCUAUAUCCAAAAUCAACAUGCAAGAAAAAAUUAAUAUGCUUGUAGCGUGUCAUCCUGCAAUAUGUUUUACGCAGCCUUCUGGAUUCUGAGGUGAAGAAGCAGGGAGUAACAUUUUUGUGUGUGUGAGUGCAGCUAUAACUGCUGCUGAACGAUUUUGCUUCUUCCUUACCUGAUUCUCUCACUUUCUAUGUUUAGCAAGGAGAAAAAUUGUAAUAUGACAUCCCCAUGUACAUAUUUGACUGGCACAGAACGACUUCGGUUUCCCGAGUGUUUUAUUUGCUGUUAGGCUGUAACCAGGGGAGACCACUGGGACGUUUCUGAGGCAGUUUUGUUACUUCUUGGCCAUUUUAUCUGGUCAGUGUUGUGUGCAGUGACUGUGAGCAUUCCAGCACAGGUGUAUGGUAACACUCAUCACUUUAACGCUCCUGUGAAUAUUUUGGAAGACCUGCAUCAGCAGAAAGGGCCUUGAACAGAAAGAUUUCACUGUGCAUAAUAAUCCUGCAAAUGGUGACUGACUUCUUGGAACCCACAGUCGCUUGCUGUGAUGCUGUAUCAGGAUUCUACACACUACCUGGUGUGAAAAAAGGCAGAACCUCACCUUCCUUAUAAACUAUUUAGUCUUGUCACAAAAAAAGUGAAACUGUACUGAGAAGGUGUUGAGGGAUUUUAUCUGAAUGUAUAAAGACUUAGGCCAUUAUGGUACAUCAUGGUAGAUGAAAGGUCUUAUUAGUUCUCAAUUACUCCUGUCCUCUGAUGUCAGAGGGCUCUGUCUUCAGGCUGCUUAGGAAAUGGCUUGCAGCUAUUUGUGCUGUGAAACUUCUCUCUUUGUUGUGGCUCUGAGGUGGGACAGGGGUGACUUCUGCAUGGAGGAGCCCAUGUGUGACAAACUAAGGAUUUGUUCUGUUAAGUGAAGGGAAGAUUACUAUAAAUAAUGAUUCCAGGGGUGUGGCCCUAGAUAAUUACCUGCCUGCCAUUUGCGUUUGUGUCUCCCGUCAACAGGUCUGCAUCCAUAGCAGGGCUAGUUUUGAGUUCAGCUCUGCUCUGGGUUCUGUACUGGUAACAAACAUCAUUUGCAGUAGAUUAAUAAACCUAUGUGUUGAUUUUUCUGGAGAAAUUAUGAUUUCUGCAGGAAUGCUUUGGAACAGUGAUUGACUACAAAGUUCUGCUAACACAGAGAUAGUAGAUGUGCUAGCUAGCUACCAGAACACUACUGGGUUCUGGUAUCUAGCACGCUUCUGAGAAGACUUACUUCUACUGCUACUUACUGAUUAAAAUCUAGUUCAGAGUGGAAUUGUAAGCCCCUGAAAUAAAUUCUGUAGAGUCUUGCUGUAUCCAUAACAAACCCCCUAUGCCAUCACAGAAAAUAUCUUGGAUUGCAGUCUUUAUUUAUUUUUUUGUUUAGCAAUGGAGCAAUUUGAAAAUCUUUCUGCUAAUUACCUUAAAGUGUCUUUUUCAACUGCGCAGAAGGGUAUGCUCCCCAGCUUCCACUGGGGAGUAGGUGGAGAAAAGUGAAACUAUUUAAAGUCAGAUUUCUCACUGCAUCCUCGUUCUUAGGCUGUGGACUGUCAUUCAAAAAAACCCUAACCUGGAACUUGAAAAUUGCAGAACUGUUUGAUACCAUUUUCCUGUCCUCUCCAGAAGACUUCUCACUACCAGGAAUGCGUGGCCUCCUGUCUGACACAAAGGUUGGCUUUUUAGAAAGGGUAGCCCUCAAAAAAAGCUGAUGAAGAUAGUCUUGUGGCUUACACAGGGCUUUUUUAGAGAUCACAUGUUGAGCUUCAGAGCUUUUUUUUUUUCCUCCUCUGUAUAAUCAACCUUCAGAUUUUCUUGUGAUGGUGGACACAAUCAGCAUGGUGGUAUAAAGUUAGUAGCUCAGGAGAGCCUGCUUAGGUUAUCUUUCCUUUCUUCCCUGGAACACAAAACUUGCCUCUCCUAAUGAACAGAAUAAGGAGCAGAACUUUUGUGGUUUGUUUUUUUUUUUCCAUUACUAGCUUGUUACCAGAUCAGACCAUUUUUUGCCUGUUACUAAAAUGGUAUGGCAACUCCUUGUGGUGUUUGAAAGUCCUGUGCGUGCUGGAACUGAAAUCACAGCACAAGCUGGUAGAUCUGUGGAGUGUUUGUGAUACACAGUACUGUAUUGUGCUCCCAGUAGGCCAACGGCGUGCACUGUCCUUCUUUUAUUCCUUUCUCCAUGGGAAUACAUGGGAAUAGUUAGAUACUGAUACGUGGAGAAACCAACAACAGUUAAGAAACAAACAAACAAGCAGGCAAGGAAUGCAAGGAAGGAAUAUAGUGAUUAUUUAAUGGUAAUAUUUAUUGUGCAGUAAAGAAGUAGGGAGAAUUAGGAUUGCUUUCCAGAAUGCUUUUAUCUUGUUUCACUAUUACUGCUUAAAUGUCUUCUAAACUUGUCCUCUUUGGAAGCCAUGUCCCUCCCUGUUUUGCCUGAUGAGUGGUAAUUUCACACUUACCCUUAUUUAUUUAAAGCCAUGGUAACCACCAUACUGAAAUGUCAUCAACUACAGUCCAGGUCUGAACACUGGCUGAUGAUGCAAAGGUCUGCUCUCUAAUAAAACGAAGCUCAUGAAGGACGAGUUCCAAAAGGCAGUUACGCCCUGGCUUCAAGCAUUUGCUCUAAUUUCAAGGCUUUCCCAUGUGGUGUUGCUCAAUAUGUAGCAAAACAAGUUCUUGCGAGUCCCCUGAGCAUUCCUCUCUAUGUAACAGAUUAGAUAUUCACACUUCAUUAAUUUUUUUCUCCUUUCCUCUGUCUGUCCACCCCCCAGAAAUAAAACCCAGAACAAAAGACCUAUUACAAGCAAAUCGUGGAGAAUUGCUUCUCUUGUUGCAACCUACCAUUUAUUGAUCACAGAGACACUUAGGGUAGUCGGGUCACCACGUUCAAUGUAAACAUUUAUUUACACGAGUAAUUUUGCUUUGGUUGCAGUAGGGGUCAAAGAGAAGGGAAUAAGUGUUGUAAUAUAGUAUUGUGCAAUUCCUGGCUUUCAAACUGAAAACGAUGAGCAAGCCUGCAUAGGCCUCUCACCCACCAAAAUCUGGCCUCUGAUUCUUACCACACCCACUCUUCUUAAUUAGGAAUGGGACUAUGGGCUUUUUAAGGUCAAGAGAAGAGUAGAGACCUUAAGGGAUGUUCUACUGUGAAAGUAAAAAGUGGGCCUGCGGUUCCUGAAAACAAGUUUAUCUGUUAUAUUACCUCUAGUUUAUGCUGUCUGGAGGUAAACCUUAGGAUCCUUGAGCAGGUUUUUCCCAGCAAACACAGCUGGCUCUCUGAUUCUGAACAAGUCUUGUUGUUGAAGAGACAUUUCGGCUUUUGUAUUUCUUAGAGUUGAAGGGCAUUCUUCCAGGACAAUCUCUUCUCUUCUCUUCUCUUCUCUUCUCUUCUCUUCUCUUCUCUUCUCUUCUCUUCUCUUCUCUUCUCUUCUCUUCUCUUCUCUUCUCUUCUCUUCUCUUCUCUUCUCUUCUCUUCUCUUCUCUUCUCUUCUCUUCUCUUCUCUUCUCGAGCUGCUUAUUUGAGGCUUGUUUCAUCUUUAAGCAAUUUCUGCCUAGACUGAAGGUCCUUCUGGGGUUUGAGGGCCCAAGGAUGUGCCCUCAGUACGAUGUUCGUGGUGGAUCAUGCUGUGGCAUUCAGACAUGCAUAAGAAGGGAGAAGCUCUGGUUGGGUGCAGGCUUGGCAAGCAGAAAUCCAUCAUUCUUUGAGCAGUGUGUCUUUCAGACCAAAUGACUGCAUCGCUUGAAUAGAGAUCUUCCAUCAGCUGAAACGAUAGGGCUCCUGCACAGUUGGACGCAGCUUUAGAAGCACUCUGUGUUUGCUGUUGCUUGUUUCUUGCUCAGCGUCUUUGUAGAAAACACUUAUUCACAGCACCACGAGCUUUGCAAUAUGGUGUCUUGGGGUAGCUGCUGGGGCUGCUCACGUCCUGUGGUCCUCCCUUGCAUGAUCAACAUACCCAGGGGACCUCUAGAAAAGGAGAAGCAGCCCCUCCCUACUGGUUAGCCACUAGCAUCCCCAGCUCUUUUUCUGUCCAAAAGGAGAAGUAUGAGCAAAAUGUCACUUCCUACAACUCUGAUGUUCAAACUCGUUCUUCCUAGGCCUUUGGGCAUAGCAGUGAAACAUACUUGUUCAGGAUAGCUGGUCAAAACAAAAGGUGGAGACAGAGCAGCUCAGAUUAGCCUCUGCUCUUGCAGUAGCUUGUGUGCAGAUAGUUAGUGGGUGGUUGUCUGCCUACAUGCUUCUCUGGAUUCUUACAAGUUGGGCUUACGUGCACCUUUGUAUUCUGCCUUAUUAAAUAAGCUGGCACAGAGGAAUCCUCUGAAAUACCCUUCCAAAAGCUCUUCCUCAUGAGGAAUUUUUAAAAAUUACAGUACUUAAAUGGGUGAAAAAAAAACAAAACCAUAAACUUCACAAAACCCUACUUUGAAUGGAUUCAGAAAUACUUCUGCUUUUUCUAUUAAACCUGAUUAUUUGGGGAGCUCUUUGGAUAGGUGUGCUGGCAAGCAAAUUGCACGCAGACCGAGGUAAUAAUAGUGAAACAAAAUGCAGUAGCUGCUGAUGGGGUGGAUUUGGUCAGGAGAGGGUUUAUCAAGGACGCCUCUGACAGCUUUUUUUCUGAUGUGAUUAUUUUUUUACAUUAAUAGAAGCUAUAGGGCUUAAUAAUAUACAACUGAGGAUUAUGUCCAUUGUAUUUUUUUUUUAUGUUACUUUAACAAACUAUGUAGUACUAUAAUCAAAAUGCUUAUUUCUGAAACAAAGUGGACGAUAUUGUUUGGCAACUUGCACUUGAUUAAAUGUACAACAUUUUCUUAAUUUAGUGACGUGUUUAGGAGAAUACUGUAACUUACUGAAUAUACAACAGUGAUGACUGUGUUUACAAUAACUUUACAAUUCCUACUGUUCAGCGGUAGCCAACUUGUUUAAGAAUUAAAAGUAAGGCAUACUGCAGCUGUCAGUCUUGGAAAAAGGAAUGCAAUCCUGCUACCACUAGACACUGUGGGAUGGAUACCACGGGUUUAAACGGCCGUGGAAUUGUAUUCCAAGUCUCUGUCUUAAGUGCUUAUGACUAAAAGGCGACUUGCCUUGUGCUCAUUAAUGUAUUCCUGUGUGCAGUACAUCAGUUAGAAAUCUGUUAAUGGUUGAUUUGUAACACUAGGACCUUUAUGGGGAUCACAGUGGGAUUUUUGUUUGUUUGUUUUUGUUUGUUUAUGAUCAGAGACUUAGACAUUUUGGAAUGUAUAACAUUUAUCCUUGUGCUGGAAUUGUUUACAUGCAAAAAGGUAUUUAUGAUUUUUUUGCAAAAUGCAAUGUGCAAUUUUGUACACGUGUUUUAAACUAAAGAGUUUAUAAGGAAGAUAUUGUAUGUACAAUACUUGGACAUGAGUAUUAUUUCUUUGAUAUAAAUAUCUAGAGGAAAAUUAAAGUUGCUUUAUAUUCAUA